AUGUUUUCUUUGGGGUGGGUUGAAUGGGGAGAAGAAGGUGAGUUGGAUCGGGUGGAAGACGGUGUGUCGUCCGAAGAAGGAGGGAGGAUUAGGGGUGAAACAUUGUACGGUGACAUAAUUAGGAUAAUGCUUUCAAAUACGGUGCAUCACGGAAGGAAAAAGGUCUCUCUUUGGUGGAAAGACAUUUGUAUGAUUGGUUCCGGUGGAGAUAGCCCCUUGGAUAAUUGGUUCCCGUCUUCAAUUUUGUGCAAGCUUGGUAACGGAGAUAAUAUUGAUUUUUGGCAAGAUCGUUGGUUGGGUGGAAUUCCACUUUGUGAUCGGUUCCCUUCUCUUUUUCUCUUGGCCGAUUAUGGUUGUUCAAAAGUGAAUGAUAAUGGUUUUUGGAUUUCCGGAAAGUGGGAAUGGCGCAUCAAUUUUUCCGAAGCUUUUAGUAGGGAAGCGGAGGAUGUUACCGUCGGGUCUCUUUUGUCGGUUCUAGAAGGGAAAGCGCCGGUGGAGGAGGAGGAAGACUCUUUCGUUUGGUGGAGGAACUCAUCGGGAUAUUCGGUUAAGGCCGCUUAUCAAAUGAUUGUGGAGGGUAAGGUUCGUGAGCCAAUUAUGGAUGAAAAUCUUGUGAAGGCUUUGAUGGGUCUUUGGAAAACCAAAAUACCGAGUAAGGUGUUAAUCUUUGGUUGGAGGCUUUUAUUGAAUAGAAUUCCCACAAAGAUGAACUUGGCUAGGAGGAAUAUUUUGGUCGAUCCGACUCUUUUAUUGUGUCCGUUGUGUGGCUUAGACGAAGAGAAUGCGGACCAUCUUUUUGCUUCAUGCACGGUCUCUCUCCGUUGGUGGACUAUCUUUUGUGAUUGGCUUCGCAUUGACAUCCCCUCCUCUUCGGGUAAUAUUUUUACUCGCCUUUGUUGCUUAGAAUCUAUUUGUAGAUUAAAGUUUACAAUCCACACUAGGUGGCUUUUCGGUAUGGCUUUUUGUUGGGGAAUUUGGAUUUGUAGAAAUGAGGUUGUUUUUAAUAGAGGGGUAGUGAGUAGUUUUGAUAUGAUGGGGUUGUUGAAAUUUGUUUCGUGGGAAUGGUUUCUCUCAUCUUAUAAUGUGAAAGAUGCCUCUAGUUGGGAUGAAUGGUGUGCAAACCCGACACUUUGCUUUUGA